UUCAAAAGGAAACAAGGGACUUCAUAGACCUGCCUUUCUGAAGACCCAGUGCCAUUCUGCUCCAGGAAGCUGCAGAAAGAGCACCCUGCACUUACAUCUCAGAGGCUCUGGUGUUGAUGAGAAACUUUUUUGCGUGCAUUUGUUAAUAGUGAAAUGGCUUUUUCAGGGAAAGAAGACUAUAAUGCUCUUCAGUAAUGACUGAUUUGUGUGAACAAAUAAAAGUAUUUUUGUAGACACUUAUCUUUGAUAAUCUGUAUUGCCUGUUAUUCCUGGGUGCAUGAACCUUUUCAAGAUGUAUGGAAUAUCACAUGUUGCAUCAACACCGAGAGCAAGUUCAACAGUGUUUGAUGGAGAGCACAGACAUAGCCUCUCAGAACAUAUUUUGCGGAGUUAUGCUUGUGCCUUUCUGGAUGAUGACACUGCCUACGGGUGUUGUUCCACCGACCCUCUGAGAGGCUCCCUCUUCACAUGUCGCCGCAGCCCCCGACUGCUUUCUAACGGUUAUUACGUCUUGACAGAAGACAGUUUUCUGUCUGAUGGAGAGGGCAACAUAACGCUGACACCAUCCCAGACAAGUGUUACAUACAAAGAGAACUUAGUUCGCAUAUUCAGGCGGAGGAAGAAAAUCUGCCGCUCUCUUGCCAGCUUGUUCAGUCUCAGUGCCUCCAGUUCGUGGCUCAGCAGCACUGUCCUCACCAAUAGGGAGUCCUCCCAUGGAGAUGAUCCUUGGCCUGAUGGAUGCAGUAAACUAGAGGCCAGUCAGGCUGAUAUUGGUGAUUCAGACUUUUCCUCUGAAUAUGAUAGCCAUGUGCCACAAAGGCAAACUCCAGCAUCUAUUGGAGCUUCUCUCAGCAAAGAUGAGGAGUUUAUUCAGCCUGGGAAACCAUUUUGUGCUUCACCGUCCUGCGCUCAGUUCAUGAUAAAUGCAAAUGAAGAGACAUUGAGCAAGGCAGAAUCCAGCACAGUGCGAAAUGUUCUUGCUCAGAUGGCUGCACUGAUCUUGUGUUUAAUCAUUUCAAUAUGUACAAGGUAUUUUCUGGGAGGAUUGUCUGCCACUUUGUUGCUGAUAAUUUUAGUUUUUCUUUUGUCCCAAGAUGCUGCUCUGUCAUCUUUUUUCAGUCUUGUCACAUCUUUCAAAACAGCUAAGUUUUGGAAUAAUUGAAAAGCAGGAAUAAUUGUCAAGUUUUAUUCUCUGUCUCCAGUUUCUGUUUAUCAAGCAUUUCUAAAUCUCUUAAAACAAGAGCACUGACUUCUUUCUACUGCACGUUGGCCAUCCCAGUCCUGGUUCACUCAUUUCUUUCGUCUCUCUAAGUUGAAAAGACAAAAAUGAAAAGAAAAGAACUUAAGUAGAGCUGUGCCCAGGUCUGUGUUCCUCAUAGUGUGGGUAAAACAGCCUUGUUCGUCAGUUCUUGGAUGAGUGCAGCUCAGCUUCUGAGAUCUAAAGGCAGCUGCACAGCUGCGGAUGCAACCUUGGAGUCAUUCCUCAGAAAGAGGGUGUUCAUCCCCAGAACAAAGCAUUUUAGAAGUGCAUGGCGGCACUUGAUCACUUUGCACAGUAUGAAAGCCUAUGAUGAAAAAUGCCUACUGCUCAUCCACAGCCAAGCAGCGGACACUAGUUAUGGAAUUUCUUACAGUCAGUGGGACUGUUUGUCCAUGGGCUACAACACCAGAGGUUUAAAGCUGACUGAUUUUGAAAGCCAGCAUCAGUAUUAACCAAAGCAGGUACUACAGGAUGGAAUGGAGAGCUUGGGACUUGUUGCCUAGCAGAAGUGAAAUACAGGUUGGUUCAGGACACUGGAGACAGCAUGCCAGCAUCUCGAAACAAGCUCUUCUGCCUUUCACAGGAACUUAAAGGCAGAGGCAGAGUGUUUACUUCUAUACAUUUCACUAUCAAUUCACUAAGAGUUUUCAUUUUUCUUCCUCCUCAAAUUUAUUUUCCUCAUCAUCAACCUACUAGAUACCUCCUUGUGGCCACUGUUACACGUUCCCAAGGAAACAAACAAACAAACAACCAAAAAAAAAAAUCAAGGCAAUCAGAAUUGUUUGUGUUCUUCCUUUAAAAUACAAUUCAUUUUAGCUUUAUUUUUAUUCUGGUCAAACUACAGGUGAUGCCAUACUUCUUGGUGACCAUCUGCAAGCAGUAAUGCAAAAUGAUUGUGGUACCUCUAGUCUCAUGUCAAGGAAGCCCUGCAUAAGCAUCAAGUCUUACAAGUACUUUGAUAGUAAACUGAUGGUGAAAAUGUUUAGCAAUCCUCAUUAAUUUUGCUUUUAGUAAACAGCUAAUGUCUUCAAAUACUUUAUAUCGAUUAAUUUAUUGUAACGACACGCUGUCAAAAAUAAUUGGUUUGGAUAAUGAGUGAGUACAUGUGGUAAUAUUUCAGAAGCAUUAUUCUAUCCUGUGUGCACAUUGUCUUUUGGCAGUUAUACCUAGCACUGUAGAAAGAGAAAAGAGGAAGAAAGAAACAUCACAAAAAGUAAAAAUUAAUGAUGACAAAUUAGUGCCCAAUUAUUAGAAGGAAGGGAUUUUUCAGAAAACCAGCAAUCAGUAUGUGGAAAAACAAUAAUUAAUCUGAAUUACCUGGGUUAUGAUACAAAACAAAACAAAGAAACAAUAACAAACAGACAAAGAACACCCUGCAGCUAGUAACUGUAAUUUGGAAACACUGAGCCAUAUUUUUCAACUUGCAUCUUUGCUACCACAGAGACUAUAUUACACAUAGAUCCUGUGGGUAGCCAAAAACUGCUGUCUUGUGACUCCAAGCUUUUAAUAAUCUGCUACUUUAAAUAUCUCCCUAUAUGCCAGUUUAGCUAGGACAGCAUGGAUUUCAUUUUCCUGUGCAACAAAAUGAUGAUAAUGUGUACCACCAAAUCAAAUGUUGACCACCAAAUCAUUCUAUAACUAGUGCUCCUUCUAGUCUACUUGUCCCCUGUUGUGCUAAAAGUGAUGCUAGCACAGCCCCAGCUGGUAAAUCAGAUGUGAAAUACUGGCUGUGGAAGAACUCGGGCUGCUGACGGGAUACAAACAGGCUGGCAGACAUAAUGACUGGGAUUUCAAAACUGCGACGAAAGCACGUACACUAAAGGUUCUGGUGGAAAAAAGAAUCUACAAAACUGAAACACCAAAGUCUGUCCAAUUCUAUGUCCACGCCAAGAUCAAGCACUUUAUAGCCAUACUUCUAGCAUCAAAAAUCCAAAGUGAGGCAAUGAAGAAAAGUGUACUUCCAGCAAUUUAAUAUGUAUGCUUCUCUUUCAAAGAGUAAAUAAAUAUAUGCUAGUAAUAUUUUGAAGUGAAGAACCAAUAGCUCAACAUUAAGAGCUCAAACAGGGAAAUGUCACCCAAAUUAACAAUUUAUGAUAGUAAUUUACAUUAGCUCAGAUCAUUGCAUUGGUCUUAAGUGAAGGCAGACUAUCCGAUGUAACAAGACUUGGGUUUACAGUUUCAAUAAAAGGUGAGAAGGGAAUGUUCUUUUCAUAAAACUUAUGUAUUGUGUACCUAGAAUGGUAGUUUUAAUACUCAUCCUCACGUUUAGUUGUAGUUAAUGCACUUGAGUAUUUUUGUCAGUAUUAUUCUGCUUUGUUUUGUUUAACUAUAGAGAGCACUGAGAGUAAGUGUCAUUGUGUAAUAUUUAUAAAUAUGCUGUGUUAUCUAUUUUAUUGCUAGUUAUACCAGGUCCUUUACUAAACCUUUUUUUAUUUUUAUUUUAUUUUUUAUUUUUUAUUUUUUAUUUUUUUUAAAGAGGAUUAAAAGACUUUUAGUAUUUAAAUAUUUUCCUGGAAGAAUAAUCUGGAAAAAUAAUAUCCUGUACUGAGACAAAAGUCUAAGACUGCAAUUACCCUGCAGUUACAGAAGUGAUACACUGAAAAGCAGGAAAGCUUAAAUUCACUGUAAGCUAGUUAGUGGACAUACAAUAGCAAGUUAAGAAGAAGCUGAUUUAGCUUGCUAAAAGUUUAGUGUAAUAUGAAUUGCUUUAAUCUGUCUAUGAAAAAAUAAAAGCUGUAAAUUACGAGUGUUCUUAUCAGGAGAGGGGGAAGCUCUGGAACAAUUUUGCAAUUGGAGUUCAAGGCUAAAAAUAAGAUGCGUGGGAUCUGCUAAGAGAUGCCCUCUGUGAUAUUCAUUAACGUUGAAUUAACUAAGUUCUCUUCAGUUACCACACUGAUUGCCUUUGACAGUUCCCUGCAGUAUAUUCCAAUGGACAGAAAAGCAAACCUUAUAUUGUUUCCCUGAAAAGAAGCACAAUACUGUGCUAAAUUCAAUCCCAUCAGAAGAAAAAUUGAAGUCAAAAUCUAUCUGCUGAAAAACUGAAGACGUUUUCUAAUCUAAAUGAUUAAAUCUGGACUGUCAGAUGUAAUUAGUAUUUGCAAUUUCUGUUAACUAGGGAAUAAAUCCUAGAAUAAUUUUGAACAGUAAUUCUGAUAAAGUAAAACCAUUUGUUGAUUGGUGAUUAACCAACACAUCUACAAAGAGUGAGGACUACUAGAAUUUUCUUUCUGUCCUCAGUGAUUAAACUCUUACUCAGUUUUAAUAUAGCACACUAUCAAAAAAAAAAAAAAAAAAAAAAGGAAAUCAAAGAAGAAAUUCAAGAUAGAGAUUUAUAACCCCCUGUACAUUAUCUGAUACCUUUCCUUACAAUUAUUUUUUAUCAUUAUGACUUGUCUUAUAUUUCUUGGUGUGUUCAGCAGAAUUUCAAGGUCACUCUUGAAUAUAUAUCACAUAGUGCUUAAUAGUGUGGAUGUUCAUGUUGAAGUGAACAGCAGCAAGCAGAAUGAUAAUAGUUACGGAGUCCCUUAGCUUAUAAUGUUCCUAGUGUGUGAUCAAGUCUGUUUUGUGUUUAUCCUGGAAGUAUUACAAGUAGAACUCAAACCAUAUGGACUAAGAUUAACAUUUUGACUUAAAUGGUAUUGAAUUAACCAUGCUGAUACAGGAAAUAGGUAUGGCCAUUCAGCCUAGUUGUUCCUUUGUGUAUUUUUUUGUGAAUUAGCUGCAGAAUUUUGUAAACAUCUUUGUAUAUUUUAAUAUAUACUGAGCAAAACUGCUAGUUCAUUUUGUAUUAUUCUUUUUGUACACUUUCUUACGCUGCCUUUUGCUUGUUCUCUUUAUCAUUUACAUUUAUAAUGAAGUUGUUCUUGUUUACAUUUUUCCUAUAUUUAUGAGUGUCAUCAGUACUGAAGUUGUUUAUUAGGAAUUGCAUAUAUUAUGAUUAAUUUGUUAUUUGUCAUUUUCUGUCUUGCUUUGUAGGUUAUGUGCUCUUUGGACAGGAUUUAUUGGUACUUUGGUAUGAAAAUGAAAGCCUAAUUUCAUUACAGUUAGUUACUAAGUAACUGUUAACACCAUAAUAUAUAAUGAUAAUGAUAAUAGUAACAACAAAACCAACAACAGUAAUUACCAUAGAAUCAAAGAAUCAUAGAAUCACAGAAUGGUUUGGGUUGGAAGGGACCUUAAAGAUCAUGUAAUUCCAACCCUCUGCCAUGGGCAGGGAUGCCACCCACUAGAUCAGGUUGCCCAGGGCCUCAAUUAAAUAAGAAAUAAAUAGAAAGACAUAGUUCCAGAUUCUGAGUGGGUAUCAGUCAGUUGAUUUCCAUCUAAACCUCUGAUCUGCAGAAUUUUAGCAGCUAAAAUUUGUCCAUGGACAUCAAUUCUCUAGGGCUAUAGCACCUUACAUGAAUAUAUUCUCAUGGAGUGAGCACAUAUUCAAGAUAUUUCUGAUGCACUGUGAUAAUAAUUCUGUAAAGCUUAUUUUGUUAUGACAUGGAAUGAUAUUUUAUAUUGUACUGUUUAAUGCUUUUAACAAAUAAACAUGUAAUGUAUUGAAGCAGUAAAGUGAAUUUAUCCAGGGAAUGAAUUCCAGAUGGAACUCUUGUUCUUCUUACUCAACUCCAUUCUCCUGUUUGUAAUGUGGUUUAUUACAUUAUUUGUGCCAUGGACAUUGUCUCAUGCUAAGAAUGCAGACUUGCGUUACUUGAAGCCCUUAGUACAUAAUUAGAGUGAAAAAUAACUCAUAAAAUAAUGAACACAAUAAGUGCUAUAACCUCCAAAUUACAUUUUUUUUAAUAUGUACAUUGUGUUAAUGUCCUACAGAUGGCAAAUAUUUUGUUGCAUGAAGCAUAUAGUAAGAAGCAAUCCUCAUUCUGAAGAGCCUGCAGUCUUAACGAAGACAAGAAAGUCCCCAGUGUGACUAUCCUAGUUCAGCAUCUAGAAUUAACCCACGUGUGCUAAGUAACAUAGUAGUCAAAAAAAACAAUGUUCUGUGCAGUUAAGCAAUCCUUUCAGGUUAUGCGAUAUAAAGUUCAUCUCCACCACAAAGAAGCUCAGAGGCACAAGAGCAGUGCCAGAGCCCCAUUAAUGCAGUCAGAGACAUGAGUCCCUGCCCCGGCCCCUGCUGUCCCAGGAGAGCCUUGGUCCCGGGGACUGUGCGUCAUCAGAGCAAUCUGUUCUAUCUUUUCAUUAAACUCCAUUUCUAACU